UUGCUUGUAUUACGCCCUAGGGUCGGUUAGAAGCGUGCCGAAGUAUUUUAUACUGCCACAAGUGAGCGGAUCGCACGCGUAAACUUGACAGCACAAAUGGAUGUAGAAAUUUUAAAACCCGUUAUGAAUGCUCAACGCAGUGCUAAAAAGGAAACAAAGAAGUCUAAAAAACCACUUAUGGAAAAGAUGCGUCGAGCAAGAAUUAAUGACAGUCUGAACGAAUUGAAAACUCUUGUAUUGGAGGCGAUGAAAAAAGACGUGUCAAGGUAUUCCAAAAUGGAAAAGGCCGAUAUUCUGGAAAUGACUGUGAAAUACCUUCGCUCAUUGAACACUGAGAGGACUUUGCAUAUUAAGCAACACCAAGAAGACGCUUCUGCAAUCGCUAAGUAUCGAGCAGGGUUUAACGAGUGCGCUGCCAAAGUUUCUCAAUUCCUGAUGACAGCAGACAAUAUUACUGUCCCGGUUCGCACACAGCUUCUAUCACACUUAGCGUCAACCUGUCAGCAGCAAAAAGACCCUCAUCAUUCCCCCACCGAUAUGUCAGUCUCGCGACAACAAGCCCACGCAACGCUGUCGUCAUCUUUUCCCGCCACUAAACCAAAAGUUGGCGCGAACACGGCUUUCGCCGACGGAAGUAUGGCAACAAAAUUCCCUUCACCACCUUCGUCACCUCUUCACAACCAUUCAGAAAGGAAAUUACUGCCUUUUCCGCCAACGAUGUCGCCCUCUAUGUCACCCUUUAUGCUUAGUAAUGGUAUUCCAGCCUUGAUCUUACCAAAUGACACUGCAUUGCAACUUCUACCUUUAACCUUACCCGCAAAUGCCUCUACUGCAUUCGACACAUCUUUGUGGAGACCUUGGUGACGCUAGCUCAGCGUUACAAUCAAUUUUUUCGGUAUCAUGUACCUAUCUCAAAUUGCUUUCCGAGCGGAAAUGAAUUUCUGGAGUGUCUUUAAAAUGAGGGUCGCUUGGAUUAGUCGAGCUAUUAAAACUACUGAAUAUUUAUUAAGAAUUGUGCUAGAGGUAUAUAUAAUUUUUGCAACGAAAAGCUAUGUAUAAUUACGAAUAAAAUAUAACUUGAAUACGUGAAGACGUCA